AUGGUUAAUUACUAUAUUUACGCGAGGGACUUUUCGUUCUCGACCCUCAAUAAUAAGUAUUACCACACCAACGGUUUGAAGACUCUCGAACAAUUCAAACGGGACGUCGAGAACAUCAAAGAAGAACAGUCACUCGCUGGAGAGGCUCCGGCGGAAUCUAAGAUCGUUUACUUGCACUGGGGAGAUGACUGUUGGGAUGUAGAUGAAGAUAUUAUUAGAAUGGCGUACGUGGAUCAGGAGUGUGAGCGAAUGGGCACAGACCCGGAGUGGAUUAUCAAACACCUACAGAAGAAAUACGUAGUCCAUGAAAACGAUAGAAUCAAGCUACUGUACAUUAUCACGGACGGAUUGAUCUGUAAAGAGAGUGCCGAGAAAUGUUUCAAAUAUAACGAAUUCAUGCAAUAUGACACGGUCGUUUUCCACGCACUCAAUGAACAGACAGAAAACAUAGACUUCUCAGUAGCCGCUUCAUUCUUCAAGAGCCGUUGCAUGGUUUAUCGUAAUUACAAACUUCUAGUCAGCACAGAUAUUUCUAAAGAAUUUGAUUACGAUAAAAUCGAUAUACACAACUUCACAGCUAAAAAAGAUCAACUGAAGUCUUAUAUCACGUUGAAGUAUAUUAGUCAGUUUAAUUCAGAUGCUGAGAGUUUACAAGAAAUAGAUCAACUUAAGAUGAUGAGAGAAAGAUUGUUUGACAGAAUAAACAGUGAAAGAAUCGCUUUGAGCCAUAAUGAUCGUAACAAUAAACUUAUGUUGACCUUGAUGGUCAUGAAAGUUGACAUUGAAAGGUCAAUUUCAUCCUUGAUCACCUACAUCAUGAGCAAUGUGAGAUCUUAUUCAUUUGACGCCUUGACCUUUGAUAUGGAGACGGAUGAAGGCUUUGAAGACGAACAAAUAGAUGACUCGGAUUAUGCAACGGAAGAAGAGUGUGAAAUCUUCGACUUUACUCUAGAAGAUGAUGUCGGAAUACCUGAGUCCCGCACAAACAGGAGGAUGGUGUACGCGACUUGA